AUCAACCAGCGCUGGUUAACUCAUUGUGUAGUGUGAUAUCUUGAAUCCGGGCGUUUCCAGGUAUUUUCUACCUUUUCCCCCCUCAUUUGCAUGAAUUGUUUUGUAGUAGCUGAGGUAUAAUGUCAUUUUAUUCCGCUUUACCCGUUUAAAAAAUAAGGGCUGGAAUCCCCUCACACUUUAUAAUGCAGAUUAAUAGCGUUUUACAGAAAUAGCAAACUAAUUAAAGGAUGUCCCUGGCCAGUGCAGUCUCAGUACAGUUUGUGGGUCCACAAGGGGCACAGCUGUUGUAAACAUGUUAGGAUUCAUUCAUGUGCAUUAUUGAGGUUUUACAUUUUGUAACAUCAAAGAUGAUGUUCUUACUGGUAGGUUAAGAGGGUAUUUAUUAGAAGUAUAUAUAAAUACUGUAGAAGGAUGGAAUUCCAGGCUGAAGCACAGUAAUUACCAAGCUGCACACAGGAAUAGUGAGAAUUGACAGGAAUUUAAAGGGAUGUAACAGGCAUUAAAAUAAUUUUAGCUUAAAGAUGUUGUUCUGGUGUACAGAUCAUACCCCUGCAGUCUCACUGCUCAAUUCUGGCCAAAACAGCUGAAUUAGAAACACUUUUUAACCCCUUAAGAACUGAGCCAAAUGUACAUGUUUUGAUUGAAAUUAAACGUAAGUAAAACUUGGAAUAUGUCUAUAUGUCUGUUCAACCGCAAUUCACCUCUUUCAUAUUAAGUGCACCCACAAUUAUCAUUUUAUUCAGGAGAAAUAGGGCUUUCAUUUUACAUUUAUUAAGCUAUGAAACAUUAUGUAACAUGAAUAAAAUAUAAAAAAGUGAUAAAUUAAGAAAUUGUGUUUUUUUUUUUUGUUCUGCAUGACAUUUUAACUGUGUAUGUCAUAAUAAUGUUUGCUUUUACUGCAAUAAAAUACACAUAUUUGUAUUCAGCGCUGUUUCAUGUGUAAAACAGUACCCCCUAUGUACAGGUUUUAUGGUGUUUUGGGAAGUUACACUGUCAAAUAUAGCAUGUUAAAUUUUUCAGUUUUUUCACAUUGAAAUUCACCACAUUGGUUAUGUUGCCUUUGAGACCGUAUGGUAGCCCAGGAAUGAGAGUUACCCCCAUGAUGGCAUACCAUUUGCAAUAGUAGACAACCCAAGGUAUUGCAAAUGGAGUAUGUCCAGUCUUUUUUAGAAGCCACUUAGUCACAAACACUGGCCAAAGUUAGCGUUAAUAUUUCUUUGUGUGUGAAAAAUGCAAAAAAACUAAUUUGAAUGCCAAUUUUGGCCAGUGUUUGUGACUAAGUUGCUACUAAAAAAGACUGAACAUACCCCAUGUGCAAUACCUUGGGUUGUCUACUUUAUAAUUUCAAUGUGAGAAAACUGAAACACAAGACUUAUAUUUGACUCUGUAACUUUUGAAAACACCAUAAAACAUGUAUGUGAGGGGUGCUGUUAUACUCAGGAGACUUCGCUGAACACAAAUAUUAGUGUUUCAAAACCGUAAAACGUAUAUAACAAGAAUUAUAGCUUCAGUGUAGGUGCUGUUUGUGUGUGAAAAAUGCAAAAAACUUUACUUUCACUGAUGAUAUCAUCAUUGUAAUACAUUUUACUGUUUUGAAACAUUAAUAUUUGUGUUCAGCAAAGUCUCCCGAGUCUAUUUUAACUUUAUUUCAGGCAGCAGGGGGACUACCUGUCAUUCCAGGCAAUCCCCCUGCUGGCACUGCUAUGGACGGCUAUUCCGUCCAUGUGAUGAUGGACGUGCUGUGCCGCCUGCCGGCGUUUAGAGCCUGGUCCCCAAGGACCGCAUAGCACGCCUGCCGUCCUUAAGGGGUUAAGUCAGUCUUGUUUUCAUUUUGGCUAUUUUGGAGGAGGAGGUGGAGAAUAACUUAAGGUAGAGGGAAAUUGGCAUUGGAAUAAGGAGAAAGUAAAAAUUAUUUUUAACCCUUUAUUUGGCUGGAGAAGAGGGGGGUUCAGAGGAAAACUUUUGUGUUAGUUUUAGAAAUAUAAAAUUAUAUUCCUAAAGUGUUCCUUUAAGGUCAAAAUAACUGAACUGGAAAAAUUCUCAGUCAGCUAUGCUUAUAGUUCGGCUACUUUGUCUUUCAAUUUAAAGUUCACUUUGAAUUCCCUACAAGUCUCACUAUAGGGAAUAACCCUGUUAAUGGGAAAGUGUUGGUCAAAGUACAGCGAGAGAAAAAAGUAUUUGAUCCUCUGCUGACUUUGAACAUUUGCCCACUAUUAAAGAAAUGAUCAGCCUAUAGAUUUAAUGGUAGGUGUUAUUUUAACAGUGAGAGGCAGAAUAAAAAAAAAAAGAAAAAGAAAAACGUAUGUCAAAAAAAGUUCUAAAUUGAUUUGCACGUCAAUUAGUGAAAUAAGUAUUUGACCCCUUCGACUUAGUACUUGGUGGCAAAACCCUUGUUGGCAAUCACAGAGGCCAGAUGUUUCUUGUAGUUGGCCACCAGGUUUGCACACAUCUCAGGAGGGAUUCUGUCCCACUCCUUUUUGCAGAUCCUCUCCAAGUCAUUAAGGUUUCGAGGCUGAUGUUUGGCAACUCGAACCUUCAGCUCUCUCCACAGAUUUUCUAUGGUAUUAAGGUCUGGAGACUGGCUAGGUCACUCCAGGACCUUAAUGUGCUUCUUCUUGAGUCAUUCCUUUGUUGCCUUGGCUAUGUAUUUUGGGUCAUUGUCAUGCUGGAAUACCCAUCCAUGACCCUUUUUCAAUGCCCUGGCUGAGGGAAGGAGGUUCUCACCCCGUCUAUCGUCCCUUUGAUGCGGUGGAGUUAUCCUGUCCACUUAGCAGAAAAACAUCCCAAAGCAUAAUGUUUCCACCUCCAUGUUUGACGGUGGGGAUGGUGUUCUUGGGGGUCAUAGGCAGUAUUCCUCCUCCUCCAAACACGGCGAGUUGAGUUGAUGCCAAAGAGCUCGAUUUUGGUCUCAUCUGACCACAACACUUUCAACCACUUCUCCUCUGAAUCAUUCAGAUGUUCAUUGGCAAACUUCAGACGGGCUGGUACAUGUGCUUUCUUGAGCAGGGGGACCUUGCUGGUGCUGCAGGAUUUCAGUCCUUCACGUAGUGUGUUACCAAUUGUUUUCUUGGUGGCUAUGGUCCCAGCUGCCUUGAGAUAAUUAACAAGAUCCUCCCGUGUAGUUCUGGGUUGCUUUCUCACCGUUCUCAUGAUAAUUGAAACUCCACGAGGUGAGAUCUUGCAUUGAGCACCAAACCGAGGGAGACUGACAGUUAUUUUGUGUUUCUUCCAUUUGCGAAUAAUGGCACCAACUGUUGUCACAUUCUCACCAAGCUGCUUGGCGAUGGUCUUGUAGCUCAUUCCAGCCUUGUGUAGGUCUACAAUCUUGUCCCUGACAUCCUUGGACAGCUCUCUGGUCUUGGCCAUGGUGGAGAGUUUGGAAUCUGAUUGAUUGAUUUUGUGGACAAAUGUAUUUUAUACAGGUAACGAGCUGAGAUUAGGAGCACUCCCUUUAAGAGAGUGCUCCUAAUCUUAGCUUGUUACCUGUAUAAAAGACACCUGGGGGCCAGAAAUCUUGCUGAAUGAUAGGGGAUCAAAUAUUUAUUUCACUCAUUGACAUGCAAAUCAGUUCAUAACUUUUUUUGACAUCAGUUUUUCUGGAUUUUUUUUGUUUUUUUUAUUCUGUCUCUUGCGUUAAAAUACACCUUCCAUUAAAAUUAUAGACUGAUCAUUUCUUUGUCAGUGGGCAAACGUGCAAAAUCAGCAGGGGAUCAAAUACUUUUUUCCCUCACUGUAGCUGAUCUGGAAAAAUUUUCCCACUCAGCUGAAAGUCUGAGCGUGGCUAGUUUAUCCCAAAUUUUGUUAGUCCAGGGUUGGUUCAGAUUUUAGUGAAUAAACCACAUUGUAUCCAUUUAGGUGUUUAAUAGAUCUUUGAAUCAAAGUGGUCCCAUAUGUUGUAUCUGUUUGACCAUAUAAACAUAUAUGUCCAAAUAUUUACACUUUUUAAAUUAUUUUUUUUGCAGGUUCUUCUUUUAUUUUCAACAUGGGGGAACCCCAGCAAGUGAGCGCUUUACCUCUACCUCCCAUGCAGUAUAUUAAAGAAUACACAGAUGAGAACAUUCGUAAGGGUUUGGCCCCCAAGCCACCACUGCCUGCUAAGGAAAGCUACAUGAUGUUUGGCAACCAAUUUCUGUGUGAUGACCUCAUUAUCAGACCUUUGGAAAGUCAAAGCAUUGAACGUCUCCAUCCAUUACAGUUUGACCACAAGAAAGAGUUGAGGAAACUUAAUAUGUCUAUAUUGGUAAACUUUCUGGAUCUUCUGGAAAUUCUGAUACGUAGCCCUGGAAGUAUAAGACGAGAGGAGAAACUGGAGGACAUGAAGUUACUAUUUGUUCAUAUGCACCAUCUAAUUAAUGAAUACCGUCCACACCAGGCCCGUGAAACCCUGAGGGUAAUGAUGGAAGUACAGAAACGUCAGAGGCUGGAGACUGCAGAAAGGUUUCAGAAGCAUCUGGAGCGAGUUGUAGAGGUGAUCCAGAACUGUUUGGCCACAUUGCCUGAUGAUCUUCCUCUUCCAGAUGGAAUAGCUAAUGUAAAGACUGAACCAAUGGAGGUAGAGGAAGAGUGCAUGGAUCAGAGUGAAGGGACACAAGAGGCGACCACUGUUUCAAAAGCUGAUAAAGAUGCAUCAAUGUGUGUUCUCAUUGACAAAAUGACUUAAAAUAUCAGCAACUUAUGCCUUGCAUUCGCAUAAUACUCAGAAGUGUACAGAAUUUUUUUCUUUUCUUGUUUCUCUCUGAGUGAGCUAUUUUCCUAUGUAAUUAUAUUUUUUCUUUGAAGUGUAAAAAGGUCCUGCCACAGUAUGGAAACAUGACUGCACUAUGUACUGGAAAUGAAUAUGCCAGACCUUUUUUGUAAAUAUCUUUUCUUUUUUUUCUUUUUUUCACAGUAUGUAAUCUAUAUCUUUAGUCAAUUGACAGAUUAGAUUUAUUUAGCUGUCUAAUUUUUAACAGAUUGUGUCAUCAAAUUCUUAUAUGGUACACACACUACUUUAGAUAAAUGCAAAGACCAAAACAUGCCAUGUAUUAGCGCUCGCAAGGGUAAAGAUUCUCAGAACAAACCAUUUACAGAUAUUGCUCAUCCCCUUCUCCUGUCAGUCAGUUCAUGCCAGUUGUUGAGUGACAGUGUAGAGCAGGAGAAUCCUAAACUGUUAUCUUGCUUUCUGUAACAACAAUUACAGCUUAGGUGGUGGUGUGUUUUUUUUUUUUUAUUUUAUUUUUUAUGGAAGACAAAACCAUAUGAACUGCUCAGCCUACAUUGUCUUAGGCAAAAAAAAAAAUGCAACUAAAAACUGUCUAAACGUUUGUUUUUGGUUUUAUAAGUAAACCUGUUGGCAUCUGAACUAUUGUUUUUCUUUUUAUACUAGAUGGUUAUACAUCUUGCUGGACACUUGUACACUCUGUAAUGCAUAAAGUGUUAACAGUUUGAUUUUUUUUUACCUUGGGUGCGCUGGUCACAUCCGCUCUGGAGAGCGCACUGUACUAGUGACUAUGUUUGGAGUGCUUCCUUUAAUUGUUACCCAUCGCUCAAUCACCGUGUGUGAUUAAUACAUUUGUCUUUUGUUUUGUUUUUAAAUUCUUUAUUUUUGAAAUUUUUGUAAAGGUUGUGAAGCAUAGGGUGGGGGUACAGAAAAGAAAACAGGGAGUUACAGUUUGUGGUACAGGUUUUGCCAUACAUGUAUGUGCUUUUUUGUUUUGUUAAAGUUUAUCAUAAAUGUCAAGCUUGCAUAUUGGUUGUUUGUCAAUAGUUUCUGCCUGUAUUGUUAUCAAAAUAAGCAUUUACUGUCACUAUUUCGACUUCUGUUAUGGGUUAGUCUCGG